GACAGUUCCACUUUACGUGUUUAGCGAGACAAGUGUUUGGUUUGUUUUGUUUGUACAGCAAUAUAACAAUUAAAAAUUAAAAUGCCUUUUUACAAUGUUUAAUUCAUAUUAAUAACGUGAUUGUCUAUCCUAAAAUGGCAAUGAAAAGUGUACUCAACAAUUCAAGUAAUUCAGGUUUAAAAGUGGAAGGUGACAUAGGAGAUGUCCAAAUUAUUGAGGAAGUGAGCGACGACGAUUCGGAUUAUGACAAACAGACAAAAUUAAGUACUACUAACUUUACGCCUAAAUCUUUGGGAUUAUUACCCUCGACUUCUCCUGUAAUCGGAACUGUGUCAGUUGCUAAUUCCGAAAAUGUACAUUUUGGUAACAACACUUUCUUUAACGGACCCGUUACAAUCAUACAAAAUAAAAAUGGUGUGGAAAACGCUUCCUAUACAAAUACAGAAGAUAAGAAUGUGGAAAAAGAUGAAUGCCAAAACAAGCCUCAAUGCGCUCCAACCAUAAAGAAGCAUGAUAUACUAACAAAGCAGAAAUUAAUAAUCUUCGUAAUUUGCAUUAUCAUAGUCGGUGGUAUUGUUACAAUAGUUUUAAUUACAAUGAGUAAAAAAGAUGGUCAAAGUAGCGGUACAUCCACUUCCUUCAAUGAUGCAUACUCAGCAAACGAGGUGGAGGGGUUAGGCUAUGACACACUAUAUACAAUAUUCCACAUAAUAAUCAUCUCACUCACUUUUGUACUUGUAUUGUACAUUGGUAAAUCACUAAAAAUCAUUUCGGAUAACACAGAUGAGAAGAAAUGCAAAAAUAAAACCAACAAAUCAUUGAUUAAGACAAAAUGUGAUAUGUGCAUGAAUUGUUAUUUCCGAGUGGACCCCUUGUUGAUAGCUCCGGACCACCUGAGGAUAGUAUCACGUACAGACUGGCUGGCACAGCCGGUUGAAGGACCACUUGAUAAAAUAGUACAACCGGUACCAUGGGUUAUCAUAACACAUACUGCGACAGAAAGCUGUUAUAUACAGAGCCAGUGUGUGCUUGCUGUUCGGUUGAUACAAUCAUUUCAUAUAGAAUCAAGGAAAUGGUUCGAUAUUGGAUAUAAUUUCUUGGUUGGCGGCGACGGGUCAGUGUAUUUUGGACGUGGUUGGAAUUACAUAGGCGCUCAUACAAAGGGAUAUAACAAGUAUAGUAUAGCGAUAGCAUUUAUUGGAACUUUUAACAAUGAACCACCACCGAAGCAGCAAAUAGAUGCUUGUAAGAAAUUAAUUAAACAUGGUGUUGAAAUUGGUGUUAUUACAAAAGAUUACAAACUGUUUGCUCAUAGACAAUUGAUGUCAACUCUUAGUCCGGGUGACAAAUUGUUUGAUAUUAUCAAAGAGUGGCCACAUUUUGUAAGUAAUUUGACAGAUGUUGAUAAUCUUAUUCCAAAAGGAUAUUAGUUGGUAAUCAUUUAAUCUAAUAAUAACAAUAAGUGCAACUUAUGGUCAGCUAUAUUAUAUUAAUGUAUAUUUUUAUUAUAUUGUAUUACAUAUUUUUAUGUAUACAAUUUAUUAUAUAUCUGAGCCAUCAAGCUUAUCUGUGCAUUUUUUUAAAACUAUACCCGAAUAGUUUUUUUAUAACGAAGGCUCCUAAGUCAACUAUAGUAAGUCAUAACUUUUAAAUUUACACUUUGUAUUGUAUUUUUCAUAUUGAGAAACAAAAGGUUAGCGUAUGGACAUGUAAUGGAACGAGAGAAUGGGGACAUAAAGCAUAAAGUGUUAAGAUUGAAUGUGGAUGGCUACAAAGGUAGAGGAAGACCGAAGAAAGUAUGGAUGGAUUGCGUAAAAGAGGAUAUGUUUAAGAAAGGAGUGGAUUUAGAUAUGACGGUUGAUAGAGAUGUAUGGAAGCAGUACAUAAUGUACCCUACGUAGGGAUAAGAGCAAGUUGAUGUUUGCAUUUUUCAAAUUAACAUUACCAAUACACAUUUUGGUGUAAAAAUGAAAGUAACAUUAAAAAAAAUAUGUUGUAAUUUAUCGUAGUAUUAUAUCAAGAUUUAUGAUGCAAAAUGUGCGUUUCGAACAUACGAUAGUUUACAUAGGAGCGAUUUAUUGACGACAGAAGUUGGUCGUAGCAUUUAUUUUGAAACCAUGUGGUUUAAUUAAAAAGGUUUUUUUUUUUUGUAUCUACAAUAAUAGAUAUUAUCUCAGAAAGUUGAAAUAAAAGUAAUUUACAAUAUGUAUUAAUUUGAUGUGUUCAAUAUAUCUCACAAAAAUAUAACUGUAUUUUGAAUUAUUAAGAAAUUCUUUAUUUGUAGUAACUUUUCCUUUGUUAUUAAAGUAAUGUUAUUGUAUGUAUGUUGCCUUGUGCAUAAGUGGACCAAAUGUGUCUUAUUAAAUAUAGAUAGAUAUUCUUAUUGUCAAUUCGAAUAACAUGCUCAAAUAUAGUAAUAAUAAUGUUCUAUGAUAUUCUUUAGUCUGUGAGGACACUUUUAUCGACACGUUCACAUUCACUUUGACAUCAAAUAUAUAAUCAUACUUUAUAGUGGUAUUACAAAUGCGAAAGUAUGGAUGGAUGGAUGUUUGUUAGCGUUUGUAGGUUAAACGGCUGAAUGUAUCUCAA